GGUAGGACAAGGGAUAAAAUACAUAAGGAGCGAGGGAUCCAAUCCAGUUAAAGCUAGUUGGGGUACUGGUUGAACCUUAAAUAUAACGUUAGCACACUUCCGUGGAAGUAUAGGGUUGAGGUGUACGUCUGACCUGCAGGGUUUCUUAGUUUUAUCGGAACUAAAAGGUUGAAAUUUUCCUUACUGUAGCUGUCUCGCCAAACAAAACGAGAAUGGGACGGAAAAAGGCAACUUCCAAUGCAGAUGCAGCUGCAGAGCCAAGACGGAAGUCUCAAAGGUUGUCAGAGAAAGAGACCCCGGAAAAGCCACAACCAGAGAAGACAAAGGCUCCUCCUAAGACCAAGAAGGUAAAGGAGGCAGCAAAGGCUGAAGAGAAGAAAGAAGAAGCCCAAGCAGAGAAAGAAGUUCCUGCAGAAAAUGGCGAGGCCAAAGCUGAGGAGGCUGCUGCAGCAGAUGAUCAGGCAGACAAAAAGGAAGCCAAGGCUGAAGAGGAUGAGAAAGCAGAGUAGCGGCGAUGGUUUCCUGUACUUCUUUUUGUUGUAAAAUGCAGAGAAUAUUUUUAUCAGCUAUUUUCUUAAGACGGCAUUGUUUUUAAGGAUGUGAUUGCAUUUUUAAAGUACUUAAAUGUCUGUUAAAUUUCCAAAGCUUUUGUGAAGGGACCCUUUCUGUCAUUGUGUUGAUUGUAUUUUGUGACAUCCUACAUGUUUCAGGAGUGAGAGUUUGUUCAGAGGGACCAUAUCACCGGUACUAUCGUGGAUGCUCAAAAUGCUGUGAGUGGAAUAAUGCUGUGGAAGCUAAAGCAUUAUUUUGUGUUUGAACUUUGGUGCUAAGCUUUCACUUUGUUUUUGUUUUGUUGUUUUAUUUUAUUUUUUCCCCAUCUGAAACAAAUGCUUUUAAUUUUCUGGUACAGUAGUGAACAAUGUUGAGACAUCAUUGCAGAGGUAGUCGUUCAUCCUUUUAGGAUCUUUGGUUUGGGGAUUUUAUCUUUUUCAAAUGCAUUUAUGUUAUAGGUGGUAUAAAAUGCCAAUUAAAAUUGUUGUUUCUGUAAA